GAAGUGCCUGAAUGCGUGACUGUCAAGCUGUAGGACAUGGGGGUUAAAAUAGAGGUUUUUAGGAUGAUGGUGUAUCUGUCGUUUCCAGUGGCGAUGUUUUGGAUAUCAAACCAAGCGGAAUAUUUUGAGGAAUACAUCGUGAAGCGAAAGAGGGAAAUCUUCCCACCUGAUGAGAAAAUGCAUAGGCAGGAGCUGGAGGAUUUCAAGGAGCGCAUGAGAAAGCGAAGGGAGCAAAGGAUGCUGAAACAGAUGGGCAUGCAGUCUGAGGAAUGACUCCAAAACAGCAGCACUUCUUAUGCAUCAUAAUGCGACCUUGGGAUCAAGCCUUCAUGUGUUACAUGGAAACACUGUAAUGCUUCUCCCAAAGUCUCAAACCAUAUAGUGGGAAACAUAAGAAUAUUGUUUAUGGGCAUAAUUUAAGAAAUGGGUGGGGAAAAGGUAUAUUUUUGUAAAUAUAUGUUUCAUUGCCUUUGAAUGUUCGCAAUCGAAUGGUUUGAUUUUAUUGUGUGUAAUCUGAAUUUCUUAAUAGUUGUGAAAACACUGCUUUAUGUUGUUGCUGUUUUUUUUUUGAAAAUAAAUUAAUUGUAUUAUAUGAUCAUAACAUAAUAUGGAUACAAAGAAGUAAUCCAAUUGUUUAUUCCAUACUAGAAAUGUUUGCCCCAUUAAUUUUUUAUUGUAAUGAAUUAGUACUUGGUGAUGUCCUUAUUGAUUGAUUUGAAUAAUUUAUGCACCACUGUUGAUAACAGUUAAUGUAAAGUUUGUGUGGCAGUAAUUAGUGGACAGUAAAGCGCUAAUGCAGGCAGUAAGACGAGGAUAUUACUUGUCACCACACCUGUCCCAAGACACUAUUGACGUCUCUACUAAUACACCGUGACUACUGAA